AUGGAGUCUUCCACACCUCUUUCCUAUCUCUCCACUCAAACAGUUCUCAAGAACCUCUCGGCUAACAAGAGAUUCCAAAUCUUCCAACGAUGUCCCACACUUCGUAACAUUGAGCAGACUAUCCCUCUCAAAAUCGAUGAGUUAUACCUGGGUCCGUUGGACAUUAAAGUGGACGACACUAAGUACAGAGUGGAGGAAUUCAAGUACCCAAGUGAUUCUGAAGUUCACAAGAGACUUGCAAGCCACGCGGGCAGCGGUGUCAUGUCAGAACAUAGAAAUGAAGUUCAAAGAUGUGAUAACCAAUUAUUUAUAAAUUAUAGCGACUAUGACUAUGUUAAAGACAGCGCUCUUGAAGCUCGACAACAGGAAGCUCAAAGACUCGAGAAUUUGUUUGAGCAUCCUAUUCUCAACUUUGUAUCGCGAGGAAUGCCCACACCGGGAUUCGAAAAGUGCAUCAGGUUGAUAAGCUCAGUACAUGGAUCUAAGGAAAACUUGGCAGUGACGUAUCAAAUGGACAUAGAGGCAGCAAUGAAGUCACUCAUAUGGAAACUGUUCGCUGGGAGACCAACUCUCAUAGUGAAAAACUUCAAAUUCAAUUUCCAAGGAAUUCAUAAAUACCCUUUGAAUUUCAAAAUAUUCUCUAAGAACAUCGAGUUUGCAAACUCUCGAUUGUCCGUGACACCAGCUUUACAAAUCAUUGAUCCAGCUUGUCUACCACUGGACACUGUCACCGUCAACUGUCCAAUAGACUGUGACGAUAGCAUUGUUCAAACCGCAAAACUCCGCAUUGUCAAUAUGAAUUUGCUUGGCAGAGACCUUCGUCAAUUCAAUCACCCCAAUAUCUACUUUAAGAAUGUGAAGCUACUUGGAAUAAGUCUCAUUCGUCUGUUGGAGGAUUGGGUGCAGCGAGAAAAACCUAUUGGCACUUUUUGCAAGUUCAGGGUGUUCAAAUUGUAUCACGCUCUUGAUUUUAUUUCCAUGUUUGAACAACGUUUUCCUGAUGCUCGUGGGAACGAAAAUAGUCUGAGAGGGUAA